AUGAGCCGUAAAAAAAACUUGGACAUCUUGUUUAACCAAGAGAUCAAUGAGAGCACCAUGAUCCAGCGGACGAAAAAAUAUCUAAAGCAGAAAAUAAUGAACACAAAUGAUAAGUAUUACAUCAACAAUCAAUACUACACGAAAGAAAGACAGCAUAUUUACGACUUAAUUCGUCGCACUGUAGAAUCAGGUGAGAGUAACUCAGCUUUAUUGAUAGGUCCACGUGGCUCUGGCAAGACCUCAUUGAUAAACUCUGUCCUAAACGAGCUGUCCAGCUCCCUAAAAGACUUCAAAUCAACAGCGCUGAUUGUCAAUCUCAACGGACUGAUCCACACUGAUGAUCGGCUGGCACUGAGAGACGCAACCAGACAGAUGCAGCUAGAGAACGUGGUAGGAAACAAAGUGUUUGGUACCUUUGCUGAAAACUUGCACUUUUUGCUGGAGUGUCUCAAGUCCGGGGACAAGAAAACCUCCAAGCCGUGUAUAUUCUUGAUCGACGAGUUUGACUUAUUUUGUCAGCAUCACAAUCAGACUUUGCUGUACAAUUUGUUCGACAUUGCUCAGUCAGCGCAGUCCCCAAUUUGCGUCCUAGGAAUAACUUGCCGGCUGGAUGUCAUCGAGCUGCUGGAGAAACGGGUAAAGUCCCGGUUCUCGCAUCGCCAGAUCUUCAUUUUUGCUGGCAGCGAGACCAAGGAGCAAGGAGGUAAUGACAACAUUGUAAAACUGUUUCACUACUUGCUGAGUAUCACGGAUGAUGAUGAUGAUGACAGUGAUGAUGGAGAAAUCGACAAGCAGUUUGCUGCUGCUUGGAACAAAAAUAUUGACAGUCUGGUAGCCAACUCGGCGGUACAAAAGUUGCUGCAGAGAUUCUACCAGCUGGAUGUUGGAGAGCGUUUGCUGAAAAACUUGUUGUUUGUUAUUGUCUCGGGGCUCAAUGAUCAGCAUUGCAAGAUAGUCGUUAAUGAUAUUGUCGACGCUGGUAAAAUAUUUGUUCAGGAUGAUAAAUUACUGAUGCUGCAAGGUCUCUCUGUGCUGGAGUUCAGUCUGAUAAUUGCAAUGAAACAUGAAACUGAGAUUUACGAUGAGCCGUUUAAUUUCGAGGCGAUUCUAAAUCGUUAUGUUAAAUUUGCUAAUCAGAUGUCCUCGAUUCACUCUGUACAGAGGCCAGUUAUUAUGAAGGCUUUUGAACAUAUUAAGAAUCUCCAGUUACUUGCUCCAGUCAACAGCAGCGGUGUCGGAAGUUACUUAAAAUCCGAGAAAGAGUAUCAAUUUUUCAAAUUACUCGUCACAUCGCAACAAAUUAUUGAAGCUGCUAAAAAUUACCCUGGACUGCCGACAGAAGUGUCGCAGUGGGUCACUUUCAAUAAUACCUUGUAA